AUGGCGUCCUUGAUAUCUUCCCUAUUCACCUCCCCUCCUCUCGUUUUUUUCUCAGGCUUCCUCCUCCGAGCAAUUCUUAUGGUUUAUGGCAUAUAUCAAGAUUCAGUAUCCGCCCUGAAAUAUACAGACAUCGACUAUUAUGUCUUCACAGACGCUGCGCGUGCUGUCGCAAGACAUUCUUCACCCUACGAUAGAGCCACAUAUCGCUACACUCCGUUGUUAGCAUGGAUCCUGUUACCCACCACAUGGGGAGGCCUGUGGUUUCAUUUCGGCAAGGCCUUGUUUGCCCUCUCGGACCUGAUUGCUGGAUGGCUCAUUCUGACUUUGUUAAAGAAGAGGGGAAUGGAUGAGCAGCAUGCGUUGAAGUAUGCCAGUGUAUGGCUGCUCAAUCCUAUGGUUGCGAACAUCAGCACUCGAGGGAGCAGUGAGGGUCUAUUAUGCGUCCUGGUCAUGGCUCUCUUGGGUGCCUUUGAGACAAACCAGAUUGCUCUCUCCGGUGUUCUACUCGGCUUGAGUGUUCAUUUCAAGAUAUAUCCCUUCAUCUAUGGAGUCAGUAUGCUAUGGAUCCUAGAGACCACAUCAGCCUCAGGUUCAGCAUCCUCCUUUCAGAGCAUAAUCCGCUUCUUCAACACACGACGCAUAUUACUCCUGACCACGUCCCUCUUAACCUUCACCACCCUUAACAUCCUCAUGUACAAGAUCUACGGCCCACCUUUCCUCCAUCACACAUUCCUCCACCAUUUCACACGCAUCGACCACCGUCACAAUUUUUCUCCCUACAACACCUUAUUGUACAUCUCCUCCGCCCAUUCAGCAACCUCUCCCGCCCUCUCAUUCUCAUUUGAAUCCGUAGCAUUCAUCCCACAACUCCUUCUCUCCACGGUUCUCCUCCCACUGGCCUUAUCCAAACACGACCUCCCAACCACCAUGCUCGCGCAGACGCUCGCCUUCGUCACCUUCAACAAAGUCUGCACCUCGCAGUAUUUCCUGUGGUAUUUGAUUUUCCUCCCACUGUACCUGCCACACUCAUCUCUCCUUGCUCGUCCCAAACUCGGGACCAUAGCCCUCGUGCUUUGGAUCCUCGGCCAAGCCGCCUGGCUCCAGCAGGGAUACCAGUUGGAGUUCCUCGGACGGAGUACAUUCGUGCCGGGGCUUUUCGCCGCGGGACUGGGCUUCUUCAUCAUCAACUGUUGGAUCUUGGGAAUCAUCGUGUCGGAUGUGCUGAAGAACGGCGCGAAAGGCAGAUCAUUGCGAGCUGAGGCAGAACCAAGCUCCACCUCACUGAAACCACUACCAGCUCCCCUGCCAGCGACCACUGGCGCUCGCAAGACAAGUAAGCUCGACGUCAGCUCGACCAAAUCCGUGCACCUGGGUCCGAGAAAUCGGACACUGAAGAGUAAUUAA